UCUUAAUGGUAAAAUAAGUAAUACUUUUUGAUUGGAAAUGGACAAAUUAAGUAAACCGCAGAUUAUUAUCCAUAAAGAAAAAGCAGUAGACUAUCAACUGAAAGAAUGUCAGUGGAUACACAAUUCGGCAAAAUUCAUAGCAGUCGGCGGCAAGCCAAACAUGAAAGGAGUGUUAAAUGUGUACACGCUGGACGAAGACGACAUACGGACCGUACACGAAUACGAAAAACAAACGUCCAUUGAAUGUGCGACAUUUCGAGCGAGCGCAUUAAAUAAAACACAUCUAGCUAUUGGAAAUUACGAGGGUAACUUGGAAAUCGUCGAUCUGGAUUAUUCCGGCAAAUCAGUAUACACGGCAAAAGCUCAUCAAGGUUUGAUCUACAGCGUUGACGGCGUCGGAGGCCUGGGGAUAGGAUGCGGAGCACCGGAAUUAGUUACAGGCGGCAAAGACGGUUCGGUAAAAAUUUGGGAUCCGAGAGAAAAAUUGCCAGUAGCGAAAAUGGAAUCGGCCAAUGGCGAUAGCAAAAGGGAUUGUUGGACCGUGGUGUUUGGGAACGCGUACAAUUCUGAAGAACGAAUCGUUUGUGCGGGAUACGACAACGGGGAUAUAAAAAUGUUGGACUUACGAGCAAUGGCCGUACGCUGGGAAACAAACGUAUCGAACGGAGUAUGCAGUUUGGAGUUUGACAGAAGCGACAUUAAAAUGAACAAGUUGGUGGCCACGACAAUAGAGUCGUCGUUUUAUGUGUUCGAUACCAAAAUACAGCAUCCCACCAAAGGGUUUGGUUACGUGCGAAACAAUUUACACAAACAUACGAUAUGGACUGUUCGACAUUUACCUCAGAAACGAGAGGUGUUCGCUACAACGGGUGGAAAUGGAACGGUGUACUUGUGGAAAUACUUAUACCCCGAAGAGAGAUGCAAAACCGAACCCGACGGUGAUUUAAUUACUAAUCCGGGCAGGCUACAGCUAAUUCAAAAUCAAAUUGUCACUACACAGCCGAUCAACGCUUUCCGAUGGUGUCCAAGCAAAUUGGGUUUGGCGUUAUGUACAUCGUUUGAUCAAAACAUUAGAAUAUUAAUUACUACAAAACUCAAUUUAUAUUAAUCAAUUUUUUUAGAAUUUAUGUUUAAUUAAU